AUGGCCAGAGCCACCAGACAAUUGACGCCGUCAUCCUCUUCUGCGACGUUAACGGUAACCCUAACCCCAUCAUCUUCGUCAUCCCAGCAACAACAGCAGCAGCAGCAGGAAGAAACGCUGGUGUUGAAAUUGAAGCCGAAGAAGAAGAAGGUCUCAUGGAAAGAAGGCACCGUCGACAACGAAUUCCUCAACAAGAAAAGCUCCAAAAAAUGUUGCAUCUUCCACAAGGAAAAGCCCUUCGAUGAAGAUGACAGCGAGGACGAGGAUGGAAAUGCAUGUUAA